AUGAUCGGCUGGACCGACAACACGGUCCAGGUGUUCGAGGGCCCGUACCCGUCAGACCUCAACACCCAGGACGUGGCCAACAACGUCGUGAAAUGGAAGUCGGCGGGUCGAAUCGGGACCACCCGGGAGUCGACCCACCAGGAGCUCGAACUGUUCGGGGUGGUGCUCGGCGGCUCGAAAGUGGCCGAGCUGAGCAAGAACCUGAUCGACCACCAGACCAUACCCAACAGGGAAGGGUUCAUGCUCAUGCACAUCAACAUCGGCGGCGGCGACGUGUACCUCCGGGAGGGGAGGAGCCUGAUGCGCCGCCUCAACGACCUCUUCGACUGGUCCAAGUACGGGGUCCAGGUCCCGACCCCGGUCCAGACCGAGUGGGACCGGUUCCAGGUCACCACGGGCCGGCUCAUGGUGGAGGGCCGGGGUGUGGCCCAGGCGAAGAAAGAUCUGGAGGAGAAGGAGAAGGAGAACGAGAGGCUUCGAAAUGAGAACGAGGAGUUGAAGAAGCAGGCUGAGAAGAACAGAGAUGAGCUUGCCGCUAAAGAUAAGCAGAUCGCUAGCCUCAAGAAUGCUCUUCAGGCCUUACUCUAG